CCCAAACUACACUGCACAGUUCUCCGGCGCUGGGUAAACAUUGCAUCUCUUGUAUUAGCAAACUCUUCAAUUUCUAUAAAUUACUGGUUUAGUAUAAGCAAAUAACGAUCCAAAGUCAGGAUGACGGCCUGUUUAAGAAUUCCGGUGAAACUUGUUGCCGUUUUUGACGUGCUUUCGCACACUAGAUUUUGACCAUCGUCUCAAUCGUCGUGAUCCUGGUCAUAAUUCGGGACGUGUACAACAUUACGCCCCCACUCGUCAUGGGGCCGUUUGAAAAGUCAGAGUCCAGCAGCAUAGCGGAGACUGACGUGGGGCGAGAAAGGGACACGACUUGGAUGACAAGCGAAACCUUAACUUUUGAAGAAAGGUCACGACUCAUGCAUCAAGAUCACGAGAAAUGGUGGAAAGAAGUUAAUGAGAGGCAUGAAAAAGAGAGUAGAUCGCCGUCAUCUUUUUUCUCUGCGAUUUUCUUUCUCAUUCUGUGGGUUAUUUUUUCCGUUUUACUCUUGGUCAUUGAGUGUGCCGUACUGAUUAUGGGGGUUCGAUUGUUUCUAUCUACGAACAAGGAAGCACAUCGUAACGACGUCAGUAGAACCUUAAAGUUCUGGAUAAUUGUCAGCAUCAUCUUCAUCUCUUUAUUCGUCGUAGAUUUCUUUACUCGACAGGCACUUUAUUCCGAUUUCUUAUUUCAAUUGGGAAUGGUGAACAUUGGUUUUCGCACGGCUGCAAUACUCCUCGUGUCCAUAUUCCUGUGCCAAAUCAUGAGGGAAAAGCUUCCAGGAGACACGCAAUAUGAUGGCUACGUGGUCAGUCAGCAACCUGAUCCUUCCAAUUCUGCGGGACAAUAUCCGAUGGUGGAACAGCCUGGAUACCCGAUGAAUACGGGACAAUAUCCGAUUAAUUAUGGUAAUACACCAAUGAACCAAAAACAUCCAACGAACGAAACAUGGCCAAGUGCCCCAAUGAUGCCUCCUGGACAGCAGUAUUAGACCCACUAAUGAAAAUUAAUCUAAAAAGAAAGUUAUCCACACAAAAUAUUUACAAAUAUUUUACUCUAAAAUUAUUUUGUACCUUAAGCUUAAAUUUAUUACUAAACUACUGACAGUUGAGUUGUAAAUAUUCAUUAUUUGUGGUGGAUUCUGGGUGUCAAAUAAAUGUUUCCCAAUACAUAACAUAA